AUGAAGAGUGUUGAUUUCAAGAAACCGAGCGAAAUGCGCUCGUUAGUCAGCCAAUAUACUGCUCCGAAAGAUGCAUUAGAAUCAACUUUGGGGAGCGAUGAGGUUGAAGAUGAGUUAAUGGCUAACCAGAAACGGCGUCAAGUGUACGAAAAACAAUCGGAGUACCAUAAGAGACGGUUUGAGCGGUCAUUGGAUGGCAAAGGUGAAGAUACGGAGGCGCCUGAUAGUAAUAAAAGGCAGAAAACUGAGCACAAUGAUAAAGAAAAGGAACAAGAACAAGAUGGUUACAUGUUACCGACUACAUCACGAAAUGUUGUUCAAGCACUUUCAGAGGAGGUGAUAACUGAAGUCCCUGGUGUUCCAAACCUUCAGUUUUUCAAGCCAUCGGAUAAGGCACAUUUUGCACUUUUGUUUGAUGAGAGAUCUGAAAGCGAUUUGAGUGAAGAAGAAAGGAAACGCAAGCAGCUUUUGAAAUUAGUUCUUAGGAUUAAGAAUGGGCUACCAAGUUCCAGAAAAAUAGCGUUUAAGAUCCUUGCACGGAAGGUGGCCUUUUUUGGACCAUCAAUAUGCUUUGAUACCAUAUUACCAAUUCUCUUAGAUAAGACUUUAGAAGAUCAUGAACACCAAAUGAUGCUAAAGCUUAUUGAUAGGAUAUUAUUACAACUACAAGAUUCAGUUAAACCAUAUACGGGCAAGAUUCUUAUGGUCGUUAGCCCUAUGCUCAUUGAUCCUGUGAUACUAACAAGGGCCACUGGGAGAGAUAUAAUUUCUAAUUUGGCAAAGGCAGUUGGCUUGCCAACCAUGAUAUAUACGAUGAGGCCAGAUUUGGAUCACGAUGAUGAAUACGUACGGAAUACAUCAGCAAGGGCUAUGGCGGUAGUAGCGAAGGCUCUUGGGGUAAAUCAGCUAGUUCCAUUCUUAAGAUUAGUUUGUAAAUCUAAGAAGAGCUGGAAAGCUAGGCACACUGGUAUAAAAACAGUGCAACAAAUAGCAAUACUAAUGGGAAUAGGGGUAUUACCGUAUCUUAAUGAUCUUAUUUCAUGUAUUGAUAAAGGGUUGAUUGAUGAUCAUCUUCCAGUAAGAAUAAUGACAGCGCAAGCAGUGUCAUCACUAGCCCAAAGCUGUCAACCUUACGGUAUCGAAUGCUUCAAUCCUGUGCUUGAACCACUAUGGAGAGGAAUAAAACGGAAUAGAGGACGAGAACUAGCUGCAUCAUUGAAAUCGUUGGGAUUCCUUAUACCAUUGAUGGAUCCUGACUAUGCCUCCUAUUAUACCGAAGAAGUGAUGAGAAUCGUUAAAAGGGAAUUUAAUUCACCUAAUGAUGAAAUGAAGAAAACUGUUUUAUUCGUUAUACAAAAGUGUUCUGUUACAGAAGGUGUAACAUCAAAAUAUUUAAGAGAAGAACUAGCGCCUGAAUUUUUCAAGCAGUUUUGGAUUCGGAGAACAGCACUUGAUAGACAGCUCAAUAAAAUCGUCGUGUUCACUACUGUUUUGCUUGCAGAAAAACUUGGUUCAGCUUUUACCUUGGAGAAACUCUUGCCACCGCUCAAGGAUGAGUCAGAGCCCUUCCGUACUAUGGCCGCACAUGCAGUUAACCGGGUUGUAAAGAAACUAGGAACAAAUGAUGUUGACGAUAGGUUAGAAGCUAGACUACUCGAUGCUUUACUAAUUGCUUUCCAAGACCAAACCGAUGGAGAAAAGAUCGUAUACACAGCUUUAGGUAACACUGCCAAAUCUUUAGAUACCAGAAUGAAACCAUACGUGGCGCCAAUUUCGAGCACAAUAUUAGAACAUUUAAAGCAUAAAAAACCUAUGGUCAGAUCAUUUGCUGCAAAUUUAUGUACCAUUCUCAUUCCGGUAUUCAAACGAUGCGGAGAGAUGGCGCUCAUAAACAAGUUCAAUAUCAUCCUAUUCGAGUCUUUAGGAGAAGUGUAUCCUGAGGUAUUGGCGUCAAUCAUUUUUGCCAUGGACAAAAUCGCAUCUCAAAUACCAUUUUCUGAAUUGCAACCCCCUCCAAAUCAGAUAUUACCCACUUUGACACCCAUCUUAAGAAAUAGUCAUUCUCUUGUACAAGAGUCAACAGUAAAGCUUGUUGGAAAGAUUGCAAGACGCGGGCCAGAGUAUGUGUCACCGAAGGAAUGGAUGAGAAUAUGCUUUGAGUUGUUAGAAAUGCUAAAGAGCCCUGUGAUGCCAAUCAGAAGAGCAGCAAACAAAACGUUUGGUUAUAUUGCAAAAGCUAUUGGUCCUCAGGACGUUUUGGUUACUUUGCUAAACAAUCUAAAGGUUCAAGAGCGUCAACUUCGUGUUUGUACAUCAGUGGCUAUAGGUAUUGUUGCCAAGACUUGUGGUCCAUUCAUUGUAAUUCCUGCUCUAAUGAACGAGUACAGAACACCAGAUACAAAUGUUCAAAAUGGUAUCUUAAAAGCAUUUGCAUUUAUGUUAGAGUAUAUUGGACCAAUGUCGAAGGAUUAUGUAUACCCAUUGAUACCUCUCCUUCAAGAUGCUUUAACUGACAGGGACCUAGUUCAUCGGCAAACUGCAGCAACAUGUUUAAAGCACUUAGCAGUAAAUUGUGCUGGAAGAGGUUUAGAGGAUGCAUUUGUCCAUUGCAUGAACUUAUUAUUCCCUAAUAUUUUCGAGACUUCUCCACAUGUUAUAUCGAGGAUCAUCGAAGGUAUUGAUGGUUUAAGAACUGCAUUGGGUCCAGGCGUUGCCAUGAAUUACGUGUGGGCAGGAUUAUUCCACCCUGCAAAAAAUGUUCGGACUGCGUACUGGAAACUCUUUAAUUCUGCAUGUGUUAGUCAACCAGACGCCCUAGUGCCGUACUAUCCGGUUAAUGAAGUGGAUGAACUUAACUUAAUACUUUAG